AUGUCGUCGCAUCCAACCCUCACCAGCUCAUACCGCACACGCGCCAACCUCCCUACCACGGGACCCCUGGCUUCGUACCUGCUAAACCUGAUCACAAUCAAGCAAACAAAUCUGUGCCUAUCUGCCGACGUCGAGACAUCUGCCGAACUGCUGCAACUCGCCGAGGAUGUUGGCGACUCGAUAUGCCUGCUCAAGACGCACUGCGACAUUGUCAUCGACUGGACCGACAGGACAGCACAAGCCCUGAGAGAGAUUGCCAGGCGGAGGCAUUUCCUGAUAUUCGAGGACCGGAAGUUUGCUGACAUUGGCGAAACUGUGCAGAAGCAGUACACAUCGGGAUACCACCGCAUCGCACUGUGGGCCGACAUCACGAACGCACAUGUCAUCCCUGGCCCAGCCAUCGUCUCCGCCCUGGAAAAGGCUGCGGAAGCCACCAUUGCGAAAUACAACACAGCCGUACACACCGAGAUCUCUGCCUCUCCGCGCACGCAGCUGAUCAACGGGAUCGACGAGGAUGAGGAUGACGACGAGGACGAAGACGCAAACGACACAUUGGGAAACCCAACGAUCGAAUCGCCCAUUGAAGCAUACGACGAGGAGAGGCGGCUCAGCAUCAAGACAAUCAACCAGCGAAAACAAAGCGUUGUGAGCGUGAGCACCACCAUCUCGACCCGCACAGAGAGCAUAUCACCCCAUCCUGGGCCCAACGUGUCUAGUGAAGAUGGUCUCGGUCUGGACACAACCGCUAAACUCGCACGUCUCGGCGAAGCACCAUUCCUCCGCUCUCUCCUCCUCCUCGCCGAGAUGAGUUCUGAAGGCCAUCUUAUGACACCAGAAUACCAGAAAGCGACCGUGGACAUUGCAAGAAACAAGCGAAGCUUUGUCAUGGGCUUUAUUGCGCAACGAAGCCUGAAUACAGAACCAGAAGACAACUUCAUCACAAUGACCCCAGGUUGUCAAUUACCACCUCCUGGCCAGGAAGGUAAGAAGUUGGGCGACAACCUCGGUCAGCAGUAUAACACUCCUCACAAAUUGAUCUUGGAACAAGGCUGCGACAUCAUCAUCGUUGGACGAGGCAUCGUGCGUGCGGCAGACCGCAAAGCGGAAGCUGAGCUAUACAAGGCAGCGGGAUGGGCAGCUUACCAAGAGAGAAUUGGAGCCACACAUUGA